CGAUGAGGAAAAAAAUGGAAAUUCUCCAAGGACCGGAAUACCAUCAGGCCUGCGGAUGACGCCGCCGGUUGCAGAAAGUACAGAAAAUAGUUGCGGCGACGAUCUCCAAGUGACUGACUCUACACACCGCGCAGACCAAUCACAACCCACCUUUCCCAUGGUCGCCGCGAAGCUAAGAGGCUUGCAACUCUUAAGUCAGUUAGUCUAUCUUAAGACUUCUUCGUGAGUAGCUAGUGCGCUAACGUGACCGUGGAGUGAUAGGGCUCACACAGCCCUGGCUGAAUUCGCCAUGGCGACUGCGAAAAUGAAGAUAAUUCUUCCGCUAGUCGUUUGGACAUGGCUGCACUUCAUAACAACAACGACUGGUCAAUCCUUUGGCGGGAUUGGCUUUGGUAUCAAACGCGAAGUUUUCUUUCUAAACCUUGAGGACGGAUAUUUUGGCUGUCAAGUGAACGAAUCGACGGACGUUCUACAGCUAUUCGAACUGUCGAAACUAUGUGAUGGAGCUCCGAAUUGUUUUCUGGGCUCUGACGAACUGGCCAAAGAACUGAAAUGUACCGAUGACUGUCGAAAAGAGGAUGGCACGGAAUGUCAGAACGGAGCAUGUCUUGACAAUCAGUGCUACUGCAACGACGGUUAUGGAGGAUGUAGCUGUGAAGUUCCUGACGAGAACGAGUGCAAAUACCGACCUUGUGACGUAUUUGCUCACUGUACUAACACGCUUGGAAGCUUUUCUUGUACAUGCUUUCCUGGAUACCAUGGAAAUGGUUUUCACUGCGAAGAUGUGAACGAGUGUGAAGAUCCAGCGAUAGCAGCUCGAUGUGUCCAAAAUGCCGAAUGUUGCAAUUUGCCAUCACAUUUCCUGUGCAAGUGCAAGCCAGGAUUUCAAGGAGAUGGCGAAGUUCAAUGUUUGGACAUCGAUGAAUGCCAACAGCCCAACGCAUGUGGCCAGCAUGCCCUUUGCCAGAACACGCCUGGAAACUACACCUGCUUAUGCCCGGAAGGAUUCUACGGAAACCCAUUCGACGGAUGUGUGGAUGUGGAUGAAUGCCAACAACCUGGAACUUGUGGACCAGGCGCCAGCUGCACCAAUGUGGUUGGAGGCAGAGAGUGCCAUUGUCCUCCAGGCUAUGAAGGCGACCCCUACACGAGCGGUUGCAAUGAUUUCAACGAAUGUGCCAAAAGUCCUUGCGGACGAAACGCCCUCUGCUCCAACAUGGAGGGCAGCUACAAGUGCUCCUGUCCGCCCGGCUUCAUCGGCGACCCAAAGUCUGAGUGUUCAGAUUUUAACGAGUGUGAGUCGAACCCCUGCGCAGCAUCCGCCUCCUGCCACAACAGCAACGGCAGCUACACAUGCCUGUGUCCCGAGGGAUACACGGGAUCAGCUAAUGAGGAAUGUGUCGAUAUCAAUGAGUGCGGCAAAGCGGGCGCUUGUGGAAUUAACGCCAAAUGCAUUAACGUCCCCGGCUCCUUCAAGUGUCUCUGUCCAUCCGGCUUCACUGGACAGGGCCAUCUCUACUGUGAAAAUGUAAAUGAGUGCGAACCGAACCCAUGCGGAGCGAACGCCCUUUGCAAGGAUACAGUGGGCAGUUAUGUUUGCACUUGCAAAGAAGAUUAUACGGGCGAUCCGUUUAAAGGGUGCACGGACAUUGAUGAAUGUGCCACUCUGGAUAAACCCUGUGGCACGCACGCAAUUUGCCAAAACGCCGAUCCAGGCUACACCUGUCUGUGUCCUCAGGGAUACCAAGGAAAACCACAACCGGAGGUCGCUUGUGAACAAGUGGACGUCAAUGUUCUCUGCCAGUCCAAUUUCGACUGCACCAAUAACGCCGAGUGCAUCGAAGGCCAGUGCUUCUGCCAGAAGGGCUUCACGCCCAAAGGCUCAGUGUGUGUGGACAUAGACGAGUGCCAGAACAGCACCAGUCCAUGUGGGCCCGACUCCAGUUGCCUGAACACUGUGGGCAGCUUCCACUGCGAGUGUGAAAGUGGCUUUGUGGGCGCACCUCCCAUGAUAGAGUGCAAGGCGCCAUGUGAAGACGUGAAGUGCGGCAAUCACGCCUACUGCAAGCCCGACGGAAGCGAAGCCUACUGCAUAUGCGAGGAGGGCUGGACCUUCAACCCCAGCGACAUCUCAGCCGGUUGCAUUGAUGUGAAUGAGUGCGACAAGGCCAACGGGCCCAGUGGUAGGUGUGGCAGCAACGCGCAAUGCACCAACCUGCCGGGGACGUUUGCAUGCCAAUGCCAGCCGGGUUUCACUGGGAACCCCAACCAACAGUGCACUGAUGUGGAUGAGUGCACGCUCGCCAACAGCUGUGGCGUGGGCGCAAUUUGCAAGAACUACCCAGGAGGGCACUCAUGCGAAUGCCCCGAGGGCACCGUCCCGGAGCCGGACGCCCACACCAAAUGCACCGAAAUCCUCGCCUGCAAGCUGGACGCAGACUGUCCAGGAAAUUCGCUCUGCGACAGGAAGAAGUGCCUGUGCCCCGAGCCGAACGUGGGCAACGACUGCCGACAUCCGUGUGAAGCGUUGAGUUGCGCCCCCAAUGAAGAGUGCAUGUUGGUCAACCGCCAGGCGAGCUGCAUCUGCAGCUCCGGCUACACCAACUCAUCCACUGGCUGCACCGAUGUGGACGAGUGUCUGAAAAACCCCUGCCAAGCCGGGGCGGUUUGCAAAAAUGAACCGGGGACGUUCUCCUGCCAAUGCCCGGGAGGAACGUCGGGAGACCCCUACAGAAGCGGGUGCAGUCGGCUGGCGCCUCCCGCCUCCGGCUGCUCGAACGACAAUCCCUGUGCCGCUGGGGAACAGUGUAUUUUGGACGAAUUCUCCGGCGAAAGUGUCUGCAUUUGCGUGAACGGCUAUGUGAGGGAUCAGGCCACCGGCAAGUGCAGAGACAAAGAUGAGUGUAGGGAGCUGCGCGACAAGCCGGCAUGCGGCCUGAACGCCUUGUGCAAAAACCUGCCUGGCAGCUACGACUGCCAGUGUCCUGCAGGGUUCAACGGAAACCCGUUCCUGGAGUGUCUGGAGUGCAACAGUCCAGACUGCAGAUGCCAGCCGCCCUACGAGCUGAAAGACGGCAACUGCAUCCUGGCGAGCUGCGGGCCGGACGGCUCCUGUCCUAAUGGGGCUGAAUGCAUCACAAUUACAGGAGGCGUUAGCUACUGUGCGUGCCCCAAGGGAUUCCAGCAAGCCCCAGAGGGCACUUGUGAGGACAUAAACGAAUGCAUGGAGCAGCAGCAGACUUGCGGGUAUGGGGCCCAGUGCCUCAACCGCCCUGGGUCUUUUGAAUGCCACUGCCCCGAAGGGUACAGCGGGGACGCCUACAACGGCCUGUGCUCCCCAGCGCAGAAGAAGUGCAUCAACGACAAAGAAUGCCCGGAGAAUGAGCGGUGCGUGCAACCUGGAGAGUGCGUCUGUCCGCCGCCCUACUUCACUGAUAUGCUGGACGGAAACAAAUGCAAAAGCCCUUGUGAGCGCUACCCUUGCGGCAUCAACGCCAACUGUACGCCUAGUGAUCCUCCAAAAUGCUCUUGCAAGCCCGGGUACGAGGGCGAUGCUAUUCAAGGGUGUUCGGAAGUGGACGAAUGCAAGCGGGCGCCUUGCGCCUACGGCGCCCAUUGCCUCAACCUGCCUGACGGCUACAAAUGCAUUUGCCCCAAGGGCAUGACUGGGGACGCCUACAAAGGCGGCUGCAUUCUGGACACGCCUGGGACACCAAAGUCAGAGUGCCAGUCCGACAAGGACUGCGUCAACAUCCUAACCUGUCUGGAUGGAUCAUGCGUGAGCCCGUGCGAUUCAGUCCGAUGUGGAUCGAACGCCCGCUGCCACGUCCACAACCACAAGGCCUUAUGUGAAUGUGCGGCAGGAUUUGCGAAAAACACCAAAGACCAAUGUGUAUCACCUUGCGAGGACUUUGCCUGUUCGUCCGGCGCCCAAUGCAUCCUCACCUAUGAAGGUCCGACGUGUCGCUGUGCAGAGGGUUCGAUAGGGAACCCGUUCCCUGGCGGUUCCUGCAUUAAGGACGUGUGCUCAUCAAGUCAGCCCUGUGAGGAGUCCAAGCUGUGCAUCAGUGGGCGUUGCAAACAGCGAUGCCAAGGAGUGAUUUGUGGUGUGGGCGCCCACUGCGACCAAACCAACAACAAAUGUACCUGCGACGAUAAUUUGGUGGGGAAUCCUGAUGUGAUUUGCAUGCCUCCCCACCACAACUGCAUAGCGCUUGAAUGCGCCGACAACAACGACUGUUCCAGCGACAAGAUCUGCGUUGAUUCGCUCUGCGACGAUCCGUGCUCCCUCCCCAAUGUUUGUGGGCGGAACGCCGCUUGUUCCCCAGCCAAUCACUUGGCCGUCUGCACGUGCCAGCCCGGCAUGACUGGCGACCCGCACUUAGGCUGCAUAGCUGUGCAGUACUGCGCCAGCGACCAGCAAUGCCCACAAGGACUCAACUGCUACAAUGGCAUCUGCACCUCUUUGUGUGGAAGCGCUCGCGACUGCAUCACUGACCAGUUGUGCAUUCAGGGCUACUGCCAGCCCACCUGCAAAUCCAACUCCUCCUGUCCAGACUUCCAGUUCUGCCAUGACAGUAUCUGCCAGCAGGAGGUGCGCUGUAGGGCCAACGAGGACUGCGGAUCCACAGAGCGCUGUCUGGCCAACGCAGUAGGCCAACCGGACUGCGUGGAUGCCUGUGAAGGCGUCAUCUGCGGACGAAACGCCGAGUGCAUAUCCACUAACCACAUCGCUCAAUGCGCCUGCAGGACCGGCUACAAAGGCAGUCCGACGAACGAGAAAACCGGCUGCCAGAAAAUCGAAUGCGAGCGCAACUCGGACUGCAGCAGCGACAAACUGUGCGAGCAGAACAUGUGCAAGAUCGCCUGCCUAGUGCGGAACCCCUGCGGCAAGAACACUUUGUGCUCGGCAGAGGACCACCAGCAGGUCUGCUACUGCCAGCCCGGAUACACUGGGGACGCUCUCAAAGGGUGCACACUGAUAGACUUCUGCUCGGAUGAGCCCUGCGGGCCCAAAGCCCGCUGCUCCAACGCCCAAGGCUCCUUCAAGUGCCAAUGCGAGCCCGGCCUCAUUGGCGAUCCGUACAACGACGGCUGCAGGCCCGCAGUGGAAUGCCUGCAGGAUGCAGACUGUCCAGCUGCAGCGGCUUGCGACAAGUCCACCUCCAAGUGCAAAAGUGCGUGCGACGCGAGUCGAUGUGGCCCCAAUGCGGAGUGCAUAGCGGUCGAGCACAAGGGCCACUGCAGCUGCAGGAACGGGUUCGAAGGCAAGGCCGCAGAUGUUUCCAUCGGCUGCCUGCCGAAGCUGGUGCGGUGCAAGAGCACCCAUGACUGUCCUGCCCACACCUACUGCUACGGGAACGUCUGCAAUCCGCCCUGCAGGCUCGAUGAGGAGUGCCAAUCAAGCGAGCAAUGUUUGGAGGGGCAGUGCCUCAACCCCUGCCUCUUGCCCAGGGCCUGCGGCCUCAAUGCUCUGUGCCAGGCGGACAACCAUCGGAAGGUCUGCAAGUGCCCUGAGAGGUUCACUGGCAACCAGGACGUGGAAUGUGUGCGAUUGCCAGCUUCGUGCACCUCAAGCCCCGAUUGCGCUGAAAACUCCACCUGCAAAGAGCACAUUUGCGUGCCAAAAUGCGCCUCGGACCUGCAGUGCGCCUUCAACGAAAUCUGCCUGCAGGGCGACUGCAUGCUGACCUGCCGCGUGGACAACGACUGUUUCCUGGGGCACAUUUGCCUCAGAAACAAGUGCAUCUUCGGCUGCCGAGGCGACGAAGACUGCGACAGCAGCGAGUCCUGCAGCAGCAACAAGUGCACGAAUCCCUGCAUGCCGAACACCUGCGGCCCCAACGCGCAAUGCUCCGUCUCGAACCAUCGGGCCGUUUGCUCCUGCGGCAGGAACCUGGUGCCGAACCCUACGGCCAAUGUGGCAUGUGUGCGCACUCCUCCUGAGCCCUGCAGGCAAAACACCGACUGCUCAGACAGCAGUAUCUGCAGGGACGACUUCUGCCGGUCUGUCUGCCUGUCGGAUGGCGGCUGUUUGAACAACGAGCGCUGUGAGGGCGGGGUUUGCAAGCCGAUCUGCCGCAAGGACGACGACUGUAGAAGCGGCGAAGUGUGCGAGGGCAUCAAGUGCGUGCUGGGCUGUAGAGCGAGCUCUGGAUGCGCUCUGGAUCAGUCGUGCGUCAACAACAAGUGCGUAGAUCCGUGCUCGUCGCCAACAGCCUGCGGCACCAACGCCAAGUGCUCAGUGGUGGAUCACAGGAAAGUGUGCGAAUGCCCCGCCCCCCUGGACGGCUACCCUGAGGAAGCCUGCAAGCGGGUGGCGAAACCCUGCGCUGCAGACAGUGGCUGCACAUCAGCCGAGUCCUGCACUGAGGGCGUGUGUGAGGGCAGCUGCAAAACGGACCAGAACUGCCUGGAAAACGAAAGGUGCAUCAGGGGCGUCUGCAAGACGGUCUGCAACUCGGACGGGUUCUGCAACAGGAACCAAAUCUGCGAAAACCGCCUGUGUAUCGCCGGGUGCAGGAACGAUUCCAUCCAUGCGACGGCUUUGCAACGUGCGGAGUCUGCGCCAAAUGCAACGUAAAGAACCAUCUGGCGCAGUGCAGCUGCCCAGCAAACUUCCUGGGCGAUCCGCUCAUUUCCUGCGUGCAAGCAGCGACCAAAUGCAACGACCACUGCGAUUGCGACGAAGCCGGCUACUGCACGAAGAAGUGCAGAACAGCGGCGGACUGCGCCUGCGGUGAAACCUGCGCCCACGGCCAAUGCAGGAACAGCUGUUCGCCGCAGUUGGGGUGCGCCCAAGGGCAGAUCUGCGCCAACGGCGCCUGCAUGCCCGGCUGCCGAUCCGAUGCGGACUGCGCCAAUGCGGAAGCGUGCAAGAAGGGCAAGUGCUUGAACGUGUGCAAGCAACCGUUCGCCUGCGGGAAGAACGCCAUCUGCAGGGUGUCGGAUCAUCGCAAGCUUUGCCUCUGUCCCGAUGGGUAUCAAGGGGACCCGACCGCCUUGUGCUCCCCAUACCAAUGCAAAGACCAUAAACAAUGCGAGCCGAGCAAGAAGUGCGGCAGGGACGGCAUCUGCAUUAACCCGUGCUUGGAGAAGGACGCCUGCGGCGCCAAUGCUCAAUGUAAAAUCAUCGACAGAAGGGCGUCCUGCUCGUGCCCGCCUGGAUAUGUUGGGAACGCUUUGGUGGGAUGCCAGCAAGGAGGCGCUCAGGCCUGCAUGAAGAGCCCCUGCGGACACAACGCUAAAUGCAAAGACCUGCCGGAUAACGGCUUCGACUGCACAUGCUUGCCUGGAUGCUUGGGCGAUGCUUAUAGAGGAUGCGAUUGCGACGAGAAAACUGUGAACAUUUGCAGGAACACCCGGUGUGGGGUGGGAGCGAUUUGCAAAGCGUUGAGCGGCAAGCCGCAGUGUGUCUGUCCGUCCAAUAAGCCCGCCGGAGAUCCAACGAUUGAAUGUUCCUUAGAUCGCAGCGCCCUGGACUGCAGAACAGACGGGUGUGGUAAGAAUGCGGAAUGCAUAAGGGAACAGGCAUUCUUUGUCUGUCGUUGCAAGCCCGGAUUUUCGGGCGCUGCCGAAGUCGAAUGCCGUAAGGCUGCCGAAUGUAACAAUGACCUAGACUGCUCCGACCAGAAAGCUUGCAUCAACUUCCAGUGCGUGAACCCUUGUAGUUUAAGGGGGGCCUGUGGGGAAAACGCCCUUUGUAAAACGAUUCAACAUCGGCCUCGAUGCACGUGCCCCGAAUGUCACAUCGGUAGUGCGAACACUGCUUGCCAUCCAGACCCCAAUUGCCUAAACACUCAGCCCAGGCCUGCUGGCCAAGCGGUUUGCUUUGCCGAUGCGGAUUGCGAGCCGCAGUUGGCCUGCCGCACGAGCACCGGCAAGUGUUUCAAUCCCUGCGCAAGCAGCAGCAUUAAAUGCAGGGAGAAUAAGAGAUGCGAGGUGCACCACCACAAGCCCACCUGCGUGUGCAAGAACGGCUUCCUGGUGAACGAAAGAGGGGAGAUCUCCUGCGGGCCUGAGCGCUCCGAGUGCCAGACGGACGAUCACUGUCCGGGCAAUAAAGCCUGCAUAGACCAGCUGUGCCAAAACCCUUGCACGGCCAGCUUGGUGCCGCCAUGCGCCCCAGAUAAGGGCUGCGACGUGCUGAACCACAAGCCGAAUUGCAUCUGCCUGAAAAACUGUAGUCCCUCACUUUCGAUUUGCCUGCGAGAUAACGGCUGUCCCUCAGAUCAAGCCUGUCGGGCGUUCCGAUGCGAAAACCCAUGCGAUUCGGCUAACUGUCCGGCAAAUACCCCAUGCCGAGUGGAAGACCAUAAACCCAUUUGCCAGUUUUGUCCCCCAGGAUAUAAACAAGACCCGAAGUUUGGAUGCUUCAAAGAUAUCCAAUGUCGAUCGCAUUCGGACUGCACCGCUCAACAAGCAUGCAUCAAUCGGAAGUGUUUGAACCCAUGCCUUGCUUCGAACCCCUGCACCAACUCACAAGACUGCCAAGUGCAGGCACACCAACCAGUCUGUGUGAAAGUUUGCCAGUGUCAGGGCGAUCACGACUGCGCCCAUUUGGGACAACGCUGCGAUGGUUGCAACUGUAUUGAUGAACUGCGAGACGAUCACUGCUCCCACUGUCCACCGGGCGUGCCCUGCAACCCAUUGACCAAGGCCUGCUACAAAGAUAUGGUUACAACACCCGAAACACUAACCGAAACACAAUCCGUGACCUCUUCUCAAAUAACAAACGCUAGUUCUGCUACCACUCUAACACCUAAACAGGAAUAUACCACGGAGUCGGAGCAAAGCACACUUUUCACCACCGGCGAGGCAUUCACCGAAACCCCGAUUACAACCGAGGAAAUCUUACAUAUCUAUCCAAUUACCACAACGACAGAGAAGUUCGUAACUGUGACUCCGCAAUACUCCACCAUAAAGAGUGCCAUCGAUCAAGUGGUUAAAACAGGAAAUCAAACGGGAACUGCUAGCACUGAAAGUGCCUCAAAGUCCACGGAGCCUGAAGUCAUCACCUUGGAGGUAGGUAAGUCAACUGUCGCCCAACCAACCGGAGAGGACUUGAAAUACUCCACUCCCCAACCGGAGGAAACGACCUCAAGUGUUCCCAAAACUACGCGCCAUCUGGAGUGGACUAGUGAAAUCUCCACCAAACCUUCUUCCACCAAGGAAGGUCUACCCAGCCACCCGCCAACAACACCUUCGACUGUUAUCUACACAACCUUGGGCGAUUUAGUGGCUGAACCGUCAGAUACCACGUUCGAAGGUGGCACUGCCAGUACAGCCACUAGCAGAACUGUAGCGCUCACUGCCACACAGCCUACAGAGUUAUCAGGGGCUUCAGAUAAAACAGCCUCAACUCCUAGUCAAAGUACUACGGAGAGGCAAGAGAGAGUUUCCACAGGCCUACCUGAAGCCUCAACAACUAAACGGACAACUGUGACCUCAACGCCAGAAGCUUCUACUACUCCUCUAUAUGAAACUUUUGAAACAACGUUUCAUCAACUGUCCCGAACAGAGAAAGACCAGGUUGCUGCAACUGUCGCAGUGCCUGAAGGGUCUGCAAGCCCAACUACGGAAGGACACUCUCUGCCACCAGGCCCUGCUGAACAGGAAUUCACUACAGAAUUUACUGAACCUACUAAGGAUCAAGCACUGAGUAGCUCCGGGUAUAUCACUCAAAUUACUCAAACUACUCCCGCAGCUGUUGUGCGAGAUGGUCAAAAGGAAACAUCUCAUGUUGGGGAGACUACAGAAGGUAAAAUCGGAACAACUCAGCAGACAAUUGCUUCUGAAACUGGCGGAAGCACAGAAGGACUUGGUGCAUACACGCCUACAGAACCAACAGCCCCUAGUGCAGAAACGGCAACGCCUACAGAACGUUUAAGGCAAACUACUACUGCGUCUGUAGUGCCAGAUGAUCAAACGGAAACAUCUCAUGUUGGGAAAACUACAGAAAGCAAAAUUGGAACAACUGAACAGCCACUUGCUUCUGAAACUGGCGGCAGCACAGAAGGAUUUGCUGCAUACACGCCUACAGAACCAACAGCCCCUAGUGCAGAAACGGCAACGCCUACAGAGUAUUUAAGACAAACUACUCCUGCGGCUGCUGUUCGAGAUGAUCAAACGGAAACAUCUCAUGUUGGGGAAACUACAGAAGGCAAAAUUUCAAGAACUCAACAGCCAAUUGCUUCUGGAACUCACCGCAGCACAGAAGGAAUUGGAACAAACACUCCUACAGAACCAACAGCCUCUAGUGCAGAAGCGGCAUCGCCUACAGAACGUUUAAGGCAAACUACUACUGCAUCUGCUGUGCGAGAUGAUCAAACGGAAACAUAUCAUGUUGGGGAAACUACAGAAAGCAAAAUUGGAACAACUGAACAGCCACUUGCUUCUGAGACUGGCGGCAGCACACAAGGACUUGGAGCAUACACGCCUACAGAACCAACAGCCCCCAGUGCAGAAACGGCAACGCCUACAGAGUAUUUCAGACAAACUACUACUGCGUCUGCUGUAGGAGAUGAUCAAACGGAAACAUCUCAUGUUGGGGUAACUACAGAAGGUAAAAUUGGGACAACUGAACAGACACUUGCUUCUGAGACUGGCGGCAGCACAGAAGGACUUGGUGCCUACACGCCUACAGAACCAACAGCUCCCAGUGAAGAAACGGCAACGCCUACAGAACGUUUAAGGCAAACUACUACUGCGUCUGUAGUGCGAGAUGAUCAAACGGAAACAUCUCAUGUUGGGGAAACUACAGAAGGCAAAAUUUCAAUUGGAACAAACACUCCUACAGAACCAACAGCCUCUAUUGCAGAAGCGGCGUCGCCUACAGAACGUUUAAGGCAAACUACUACUGCAUCUGCUGUGCGAGAUGAUCAAACGGAAACAUAUCAUGUUGGGGAAACUACAGAAAGCAAAAUUGGAACAACUGAACAGCCCCUUGCUUCUGAGACUGGCGGCAGCACAGAAGGACUUGGUGCCUACACGCCUACAGAACCAACAGCCCCUAGUGCAGAAACGGCAACGUCUACAGAACGUUUAAGGCAAACUACUACUGCGUCUGUUGUGCGAGAUGAUCAAACGGAAACAUCUCAUGUUGGGGAAACUACAGAAGGCAAAAUUGGAACAACUGAACAGCCACUUGCUUCUGAGACUGGCGGCAGCACAGAAGGACUUGGUGCCUACACGCCUACAGAACCAACAGCCCCCAGUGAAGAAACAGCAACGCCUACCAAGCAUUUCAGGCAAACAACUUCUGCCACUGUUGUGGGAGAUGAUCAAACGGAAACAUCUCAUGUUGGGGAAACUACAGAAGGCAAAAUCGGAACAACCCAACAGCCAAUUGCUUCUGAACCUGCCGGCAGCACAGAAGGACUUGGGGCAUACACGCCUACAGAACCAACAGCUCUCAGUGCAGAAACAGCAACGCCUACAGAGUAUUUCAUACAUACUACUCCUGCGGCUGCUGUUCAAGAUGAUCAAAAGGAAAUAUCUCAUUUUGGAGGAACCACAGAAGUAAAACGUGGCACAACUCAACAACCAAUUGCUUCUGAAACUGGCGGCAGCACAGAAGAACUUGGGGCAUACACGCCUACAGAACCAACAGCUCCGAAUGCAGAAACGGCAACGCCUACAGAGUAUUUCAGACAAACUACUCCUGCGGCUGCUGUGCGAGAUGAUCAAAAGGAAAUAUCGCAUUUUGGAGGAACUACAGAAGGAAAACGUGGCACAACUCAACAACCAAUUGCUACGGAAACUGGCGGCAGCACACCAGGAUUUGUAGAUUACACUACUACUGGCGAGACAGUCCCCAGCACUAAAUCGGCAACUUCUACAGCAUUUCCAUCGCAAACUGCUGCUGCAACUACUAUGGAGAUUGGGCAACCUACAGAAGGAAGGCUUGGCACAACUCAACAGCCAAUUUCCUCUGAAACCAGCAGCAGCACAGAAGAACUUGGUACAUACACUACCACAGAAACGGCAUCGCCUAUAGAGUUUUCACCUGCACUGGAAGGGCAAUCAACUUCUCGAACUUCCACCGCUUCUUUGCCACCUACAGUUUCUGGGGAAGUAACAAAACCAGUUGGUCCAACUACAACUGAACAUUCCUUACCUGAAAGCUCAGAUCAGCAACCGACUACAGCGACAGCCCACCAUACUACUGAAGUGGACUCUUAUGAAAUCAGGCAAAGUACAGUGGCAUCAGGGCAACCAACGACUAUCGAAGAAAACGAAGCUGUUUCCACCACACCAGGAACUUUGGUUGCAUCGUCUACAACGCCCUGGGGAACUACUGAGCAAACUUCGCCCCAAUCUGAAGCUGUUACAGCUUCAACAAAAGCAAGCCCAGAGCUGGUAGCGGCAACAACAGGCACGACCUUUGAAAGUGAGUUCGUUACCACACAGUAUCCCACUCAACAGUCCAAAGCAACAGAAAAAGGGGCCAAGAUUCCAGAGUCCAGUUCAGGAGAACCUACUGAAGGUUUAGAACUGAGUACUACUGGGGUUGAAGCUGAGCAAACUGCUACUGAGGGAAUCAUCCCCAGCUACACAACAACUUAUUCAAUGAGGACUGAAGGAGCUGAAACUAGGCAUACAACUGAAUGGGACAAUGGCAAAAGUGAAACGACAAGUAGCUUAGCUACUGAAGCCACGCUUGUAACCGGUUCUACCUCGACAGCAACUACAGAAUACAUUCCGACUACCCGAGAAGCAACAGAAAGUGAAUUGAGUGCGUCCACUAAACCAGCAGUAUUUGAAACCUCCUCAGAUCAAACUUCGCAUUUCUUUACUUCUCCAAUUGUAACGUAUGUUUACGAGCAAACUUCCAUCAAAUCUUCAGGUUCAACCUCUCCAGUUUUUCCUGAAUAUAGUUCUGAAAGCCUGGUAACUGAAACUGGAACUGAAGCAUAUUCACACACGCCGAUCUCCUCUAUCACCGGCCAGAACGUACAAAGUACCACUCCUGAACAAGAAUCAACAGCGAGUGAAAAAACCGAAAAGAGCGAGUUGAUGGAAUCAACAAAGGAAUUAGCAAAAGAAACUACCACACAGAUGAUUCUCACCACUGAAAAAUUGUCGCGGUCUUCAUCAGCUAUGGAAGAAGGCACCAGUACUGCAUUUACUCCUGAAGAAGCAUCAGAAGGCUCCUCUGAACGCGUUCCAGGAGUUCCAACUGUUGAAGGAAUAGCUAAGGAAGCCACAACAUUAGCUCACGCUACUAGAACUACAACGCCAGCUUUUAGUGCUGCUUCUGAAGCAGGGGGAACAUCAACUUUCUCAUUUAAAGAAACUUCUGAGUUUGGCCCAGAAACAUUCUCAACAACUGAAGAAUUGGCGAAGCAAACAGCGACUUCCAGUUAUAGCUCUGAGGGACCUUUACAGUAUACCACGCCUGCUGAAGCUCCGUUUACUCAUGGCACAAUGGGUGAAUCAAUGAUAACUUCAACAGCUUCUUCCAAUCAAUCUACUACACUAGGAUUUGUCACUGAAAAGGCUUCAACUACCUUGGAAGCGGAAGUUUCCAGUAAAACAACCACCGUAGUUCCAACGACAGAAACAAAGCAACUAUCCACAGAACACCCCGAAAGGGUUUCAGAACUCACUCCCGGGGAAUUCUCAACUUUAGCGUCUGCUACAGAAAAACCUUUAGAGAACUCCAAGCCCUCCAAAGCCACCUACGCUGAUACUACAACAUUGAAGGCCGAGGAAGCAUCAACCGUUUCUACCAAGAGUGUCUCUGAAGUAACGCUGCAAAUUUUUUCAACUACACAAGAACUUGGACAGGAACAAACCACAUUGCGUUUUACCACAGAAAAAUCUUCCGAAUAUUCACCGUUACCUUCAGGGUCACCUACAGGUGCAACAGGAACAAGUACUUAUGAAGGAACGACAGUGUCUUCCUCUGCAGAAUCAACAGUCUCUUCUAAAGAAGCGUCCGAGACCAGCUCAAGUGAGGUUCCUCCAGCUGAAACCACCCAAACUUCAACGUUACCAUCUAACGAAGCAUCUAAAACUACACCAGAGAAGCUCCCAAGUGAGGAGCUUGAAGAAAAGUCAACUAAAUCGGCAUAUACUACUGAGAGUUAUUCACAGUAUUCAACCUCUACUGGUUCAACCGGGUCUGAUGCUUUUGAGGCUUCAACUACUGAAUCAACGCACACGACAGCAACAUCAACAAAAGAGCCCUAUGAGACUCCAGGAGUAAUUUCAACAAUGCAAGGAAUAGAAAACGAGGCAACGACUCAACAAUACGCAACUUCUGCAGAGGCUGGUGUCACUGAGACUGUAGAAGCCAUUCAAAGCCCUACAGUACCAGCAAUGGAAGCAUCUGAACCUGAAAACUCUACAAUCCCAGGCGAAAAGCAUGCUACUGAAGAGUCAACACUAACAACCGCUGCUGGUACGGAAAAUGCAAGAGUUGCAACUUCAACUGUGGCUCCAACUACUGAAGAAGUCCAGAGGUCUACGUUGCACACUACAACUGAACAUUUGGCAUCAACUACUGGAAUUUCUUCUCAAUAUUCAACUUCAACGGAAGCUGGCUUGACUGGUACAACCAAACCCAACGCUUAUGAAACCACGUUUACAACUGCGCCGAAGUCCAGCCCUGGAGGCUUAUCAACUGUCCAGGGACUUGAAAGAGAAACAACCUCUUCUGGACCAGCAUUCUACACCACAAGACUUCCAGAUGAAUCGCAGACUACUGAGGAAAUAACCACGAGUUCUGCUGAGUCUUCUGAGCAUCCUUCUACAUCCAGCACCGGUGGAUUUUGGACAGUUCAGCAAACAGGCAAGAUUUCUACAACUGCUGAAGAAGGUUGGGAAACCACUGAGCGAAUGAUUAGCUCUGCACCUUCCACUUGGACGCCUACAACGGGAUCGACUGAAUCCUCUGAAAGAACCUCAACAAACGGACCGUCUACGGAAAUGCCAAUUAGCUUCGAACCAGACUUUGGAACUAAGGAGCCUUCAGCCACUGAGUCAACCAAACUCACUACCCCGGAUCAGAGCACUGUUUCCAGUGGAACAAGAGCUUCGUCCAUCGUGGAAGCCACUACUAAAGUUUCAGAAGAAUCCAUCGCACCAACUUCUGGUGGUGCUUCAGAAAUCUCUUCCAGAGAGCCUGAAACUACCAGAAGGAUCACUACUGAAGAACAACCCAGUUAUUCCACCACAGUUGAGGACACGAAAUCUACUUUAGCCUACCCGGCCAGCACUUCUGAGGCUGUAGAGCCUACUAUACAACCAUUACCUGGAGUAACUUCAACUACUGAAAGUGAGGGAAGGGGGUCGGAGUAUUCCACUGCUGGAACAAUCAGUACUAUCUCUACAUUGGGUGAAAGUACGACAUUUAUGUCCCCUGGAACAGCUGCAGAGCACGAAGUGACUACUGGUUUAGAGGUGGAAUAUGGGACUGUCACUGUAGGAGUAGGAACAACUGCAUCUUCAGCUACAGGUGAAAUCUUACCUAACGCUGCCACUGAAGAGCCUGUGAGCGAAGGUGGAAGUACGGAAUCUACCCAGGGAAGUACUGCGGAAAGAUCCACUAGUAGAACUGCUGAGGGCAUGUUUGCUAAUAAGGGAACUAGCCCGAGUCCACACGAGCCUACCACAGGUUACACCACGCUCGUGUCUACAGAGAAAAGCAGAGAAACCCCUGCCCAUCAACCUUUCAGUACAUCUAGAGAAACAACUACUGGCGGUGAAGGUUCAACCACUUUUGGCGCCACAGCGGCUCCAAAGUUGGUGACUGAGAAACCGUUUGUAGGUACUCAGAAGACGUCUGAGAGCACUGAGGAGCCAUUGACGAAGUUAGCUACUGAGCAAAUAAUCACUGAAAGACUCACAACAGAAGUCGGGGAAACCACUACUGGAUCCGGAAAGCAAAAUGCAACCUCUGAUCUUCCAGAAGGCAUAACAACGGAAAAUGUUAGCGCUUCUUCUGAAGCUGCCAGUGGGACAACGGCGCACGCUUUGCCGCAAGAAACUCUUUCGUACAGAAAUAAGCAGAAUGGGGAUGAGUUUACUACGUACUAUCCUUCGACCCUGUCUCCCACUACUGAGAAGUACUUUACGGUCUUUGAAAAGGAAUCUUCCAGCUCGGGUAGGAUUCCCUCCAUGGAUGCACUCAUGCCAACUGGCGCGUCCUCCUGGCGUGAAAACCGCACAACCCCAGCUCCUCCUAGUUAUACUGCAACUAUGGAGACUGCAGCCGGUUUCACUGUUGAAGCAGUUACAGUUAAGUUCCCGCAGACUGGGAUUCCUCCAGUUUCAACCACUGGAAGGCCAAUGGAAAUGUCUCAGCAACCCCCCGGUAGAACAUUCAAUCCAGUGGAAACUUCUACGGCAACAACUCCCUUGGUUCACUCGAUCACUUUCACUACCCCUACUGGGGAACCGGAGCUGAGCACCACUGAAAGCUAUAGGGAAACCACCACCAUCAAGUAUCUGGGGGAUGUUUCCACGUUCAGCACGGUGCUUUCAACUAAAGAAGUGGAGGAAAUUGUGACUUUGGGUAGAACUACCAUCAACAUCGGCCAAAACGAGGUGGUGGAAGUCACAACUCCUGCCUAUACCAUGCAGGAGGCCGCUUCUACUACCGAAAGUGCACGCGGAGGCACUGAGGCAGUCAGACAUACUGUUCAGAUGUCCACUGAGCAACUGGAGGAAUUGACCACUGUGGGAACCACUACGGUCAGCAAAGUGUCGCAGCAUGAGGAGACCACUCAACAAUCGGAGCUCAGAGAGCCUACGGAUUAUUCUACUGAAGCACUGGAGAUUGCGACGGAACCUACUACACUUUCAGCCACAACUGAACCAGUUUUAACCACAACGGUUGUAAUCGCGACCAAUCACAGUGUGAUAUCGAUUAGCAAUUACACCAAUGGAAUAACAAAUCGCACGGUAGAAUGCCUCGUCGACAAUGAUUGCGAAGACGCGGACGUCUGUAUAUUUAAAAAGUGCAUUAACGUGUGCACUAUCGGAGGGUUAUGUGGUGCUAACGCCAAGUGUACUGCAGAGAAUCAUGCAGCUGAUUGCACUUGCCCGCCUCACCAUUACGGGGAUCCUCACAGGAUGUGCUAUCCAGAACCACCUGGCGAAAGGGCGCCCAAACCUUGCGAGUCUGAUAUGGACUGUCUCGAGUCAGAGGCGUGUUACAUGUCCAUUUGUCAGGAUCCGUGCGAAUUUACCAGUGCCUGUGCGGCAGGGGCGCGUUGUCAAGCUAAAAUGCACCGGCCCAUUUGCACUUGUCCAAUGGGAUUUGAAGGAAACCCGGCUAUUAAAUGUUCCAAAUCGCCCACAAUGGGUUGCACAGCAAACGAGGACUGUCCUAUUAGUGAAGCAUGCAUAGAUAGAGCAUGCCAAAGACCUUGCGAUGUCCAUAAUCCUUGCGCGCAAAACGCCGUUUGCAUCAACACCAACCACGGAUGCGACUGCAGCUGCCAGGAGGGAUACCAAGGGAAUGGUUUCGUCGGUUGUGCACCUGUUGCCGAUAACGGUCCCCCAGUUUGCCAAUACAACGAGGACUGUCCUCCGAAUAAACUCUGCGAUCGUUUGAACAGAAGAUGCAUGAAUCCCUGCUUUGAAGACUCUUGCGGAGAGAACGCGGAGUGCGUUCCCAAGAACCAUGGGGCGACUUGCGUCUGCCUGCCAGGCUAUGAGGGAAACGCCUACGUGGAGUGCCUAGGAGUCUUAGGAUGCAGACGCGAUGAGGAGUGCGCUUCUAACGAAGCCUGCCUCAACCAGCAAUGCGCCUCACCAUGCAACUGCGGAAUCAACGCCAUAUGCGACGUGAUCCAGCACAAGCCCCAAUGCCAGUGCCCCCCAGGGUAUCAAGGCGAUGCGCGAGUGUCUUGCCAACCGCCCUCUGAUCCAUGCGACCCCAACCCAUGUGGCACCAACGCGCUUUGCGAGCUGGACAAUGGAAACCCCAUCUGCUUCUGCCCGAAGGGCCUCACUGGAAACCCAUUCAAGAACUGCAUUCCAGAAGGCGAUGAGUGUUCCCCGAAUCCUUGCGGCCCCAACUCCGGCUGCCGAGUGGUUGGAGGAAACGCCGUCUGCUUCUGCCUGCCGGAGUUCGAAGGCACGCCCCCCCAAGUGCCAUGCAGUUUGCCCAGCAAUCCAUGCGAUCCGUCGCCCUGCGGGCCCAACACUCAAUGCUCCAUAUUGGCCAAUGGCUUUGCCAAAUGCACCUGCCUGCCUGGUUUCCUGGAGAGUCCCAACACCAUCAGAGGUUGCAUCGAGAGCAGAAACCCUUGCGAGCCCAACCCGUGCGGGGCUGGCGCCCUUUGCGACCCGCACGGGGAGCCUGUGUGCUCUUGUCCCUAUGGAACUAAUGGAAAUCCCUUCCGGGGCUGCGCCAUUGAGAAGCCCUUGUGCAGUCCGGGGCCUUGUGGGGCUAACGCGGAUUGUUACAACUCCAACAACGAGGAACAAUGCUUUUGCCGGUCUGGAUUUAUUGGGGAUCCCUACACUGGCUGUAGGAUUCAGCCUCCGAGUCCUUGUGUGCCGAAUCCUUGCGGCCCUGGAGCGCAAUGUGUGAUCACUCCCGAUGGAAACUCUUUGUGCCGCUGCCCGGAGGGCAUGGGAGGUGAUCCGACCGGGCCUCUCGGUUGCUUCGGCUAUGAGUGCGUGGUGGAUGAAAACUGUGGCGAUCACCAGGCCUGCAUUUCGUACAGAUGUCGGGAUCCUUGCCCAGGCUCGUGCGGAGUAAACGCCGAUUGCCGCGUGGAGAAACACCAUCCUGUCUGCUCUUGCCAGUCUGGGCUAACGGGAAAUCCUGUGAUUAGGUGCUUCAAGAUACCGGAGAUUCUUCCGCCACAUGACCCGUGCAUGCCCAACCCCUGCGGGCUGAACACUGUGUGCCAGAGCAUCUCCAAUCGCGCUGUUUGCUCCUGCCUACCAGACUUCCAUGGGGAUCCGCAGAUCGGCUGCCAACCCGAGUGUCUGAUCAACUCGGACUGUCCGAUUAACAAGGCGUGUUUGGAGCGACAUUGCAAAGACCCGUGCUCGCAAGGACAGCUGUGCGGAGUGAACGCCUUCUGCCAAGUUAGAGACCAUACAGCAGCCUGUCUGUGUUUGGAGGGAUUUAUCGGAGACCCGUUCUUGCAAUGCAUCCAACCUCCCAUUGAAGACACACCCAAGCAUACCAACACCUCGAUCCAGCCCUGCACGCCUUCGCCUUGCGGCAGUAUGGAGUGCAGCAUCUAUGGAACGCAGAUUGCUGUUUGCGACCCGUGCUUGGGCCCGGAGGCCGUCUACAACCCUCAGUGUCGGCCGGAGUGUUUGACCAAUGCGGACUGUCCGUUCCACCAAGCCUGUAUGCGGUUCAACUGCAUCGACCCAUGUCCAGGCUCAUGCGGAGUGAAUGCUGUUUGCUCUGUGGUUUCGCAUACGCCCAUCUGUAGCUGUCCGUAUGGACUGGUCGGAGACCCGUUCCAGCAGUGUGUUCCUCUUACGAUUGAUUCCCCCAAGGACAGUUGCGACUACCCGCGGUGCGGAGUGAACGCCGACUGCCUAGAGAAAGGAACCGGGGUGAUCUGCGUUUGCAAGCGGGGCUUCUUCGGAGACCCCUAUCUGGCCUGCCGCCCCGAAUGCGUUAUCAACCCCCAUUGCCCAUUGGACAAAGCGUGCAUAAACGCCAAAUGCUCCAGCCCUUGCAGCGAUGUGUGCGGAGUGGGCGCUCAAUGCGACGUGGUCAACCACAUCCCCAUCUGCUCCUGCCCCCCUCAACAUACAGGAGAUCCGUUUGUGGCCUGUUACAAGGCUGUAAUCCCCAGCCUACCGGCGCCGGCGCCUCAAAACCCUUGCGACCCGACGCCUUGCGGCCCCUACAGCCGCUGCUCGGUUUCGCAUCAAGGAUACGCCACCUGCUCUUGCCUGCCCAACUACCAGGGCGUAGCCCCCGCUUGUAAACCCGAGUGCAUUUCAACAUCAGAAUGUCCCCAAACGAAGGCCUGCAUUAAUCUGAAAUGCGGCGACCCGUGCGCAGGCACUUGUGGGUCUGGAGCGGUUUGCACGGUGAUCAACCACAACCCGAUCUGCAGCUGCCCAGAAGGACUGGAGGGCAAUCCGUUCUUGAACUGCCGCCAAGCGCCCGUGGUGGAAGAACUGCCAUCUACAACUGAGGAACCGAUAAAUCCAUGUGUGCCCACUCCGUGUGGCCAGAACUCGAUUUGCCAGAUAAAGGAGAGCCGGCCAGUGUGUUCCUGCAUAGCGAAUUACAUUGGCAGCCCGCCCUAUUGCAGGCCGGAAUGCAUGCUCAGUCAGGAGUGUCCUCAACAUCAAGCUUGUGUGAACGAGAAAUGCGUAGAUCCGUGCGUGUCCAGCUGCGGACCGAAUGCUCAGUGCCAUGUCGUGGGGCACAAUCCGUUCUGUAGCUGUUUAUCUGGAUAUGAAGGCGAUGCUUUUGUCGGCUGCACCAAAGUGGCUGUGGUGGCUGUAGACCCGUGCAACCCAUCGCCCUGCGGGGAGAAUUCCCAGUGCUCUGUAAGCGAGGGAGCGGCGAAGUGCGUCUGCAUUCCCCCCUACAUCGGAAACCCCUACUCUGGAGGCUGCAGGCCUGAAUGCACCAUCAACUCCGAAUGUGCCACUCAUCUGGCCUGUCUGUCGCGCCAUUGCCGAGACCCUUGCCAGGGACUCUGCGGCAUCAAUUCCGAAUGCAGCGUCUUCAACCACGUGCCAGUUUGCACUUGCGCCAGAGGCCUGGUCGGAGACCCGCAGACCGGGUGCAGGCCACCUGCAGUGGUCGAGAGGCCCAAGCCAUGCGAGCCGUCGCCGUGUGGACCAAACAGCGUCUGUCGCGAACGCAAUGACAAAGCAAUAUGUUCGUGCCAAGUGGGGUACUUUGGACAGCCGCCCAGCUGCAGGCCCGAAUGCCUGGUGAGCUCCGAGUGCAGCUCAGACCAGGCCUGCAUUAAUCAGCGCUGCCAGGAUCCCUGUCCGGGAACAUGCGGCGCCAGGGCCCGAUGCCAGGUUGCCAACCACAACCCGAUUUGCAGCUGCCCGCCCAACUACGUCGGAGACCCUUUCAUUGUCUGCAGACCAGAAGAGCGCGGGGAACCAACGCCCACUCCAACUCCAUGCAUACCAUCGCCGUGUGGGCCGAACGCGGACUGCCAACCACUCAACAAUCGCGCAGUGUGCUCGUGUCUUCCGGGGAUGUUCGGCGUUGCGCCCAAUUGCCGUCCAGAAUGCUCCAUUGACCAGGACUGUCCACUCACCUUGGCCUGCACCAAUCAGAAGUGCAAGGAUCCAUGCGCGGGUUCUUGCGGCUUCAACGCCGAAUGCAGCGUGGUCAACCAUCGGCCCAUCUGCAGCUGCCAGUCAGGGUUUGAGGGCGAUCCGUUCUCCGGCUGUAAUCCAGUUGCCGGUAAGUUUUUUGGGCAUCUGCCGCAGUAG